AAAUUGGAUUUACUCUAAAAUGUAAAAUCCACUUUGGCUUUCCCCCGCCAAACCCCACCGUUUUCGCUUUACUGUUCUCACGAACUUCUCCGAUCUUCUGCCAGUCUGCCACCCUAAUAGAAUAGAGAACUCAUCUGCCGCUGAAUUUUAGAGGGUUUUCGAAAUUUCCUACCGCCAGCGGUUCCAGAAGAAUCGAAGGAUUACAUUUAGCAAGAUGAUUCGAUCGGCGUUCAGACUAUCCCGAGCUGCAAUCACCGUCGCAAGGACGGCGCAUUCGGGAUUCAACUCCCGCAAGCUUGCAAUUGUUGCCCCAUCGGCGGCGGCGGCGUCACGGUCGCUUCAUGAGAAAAUCGCCGGUCCCAAUGCCAACCCAGUUGCCAUUCAGAUGAUAGACUACGCUCUCUCCCUUCCGCGCGUUCAAAAGUCAGAGGAAUCGUAUGGGGAAGCUAUGCUGGUGCUGGAGCAGUGCCUUGCUUCUCAGUCGAGUGAUGUUGAAGAUUUUGUGACCCAAAACUCCAAGGGAAUGGUGCUACUCGCCAUGGCCAAUCUCUCGUUUGACAGGGGGAACUUCAACGAGGCAUUGGAGCAUCUACGGAGAAGUCAUGAGCUGGAGAAGACAUCUUUGGGUGUUAAAGUUGCUGCACUGGAAGCUCUUGCUGGACUGAGCUUGGAGUUGGGGAAUGAUGAUGCUUCAUCAGUGCUCGCAGAUAAAUGUUUAGAACUGUUGGAAAAAGAUGAGUUAGCCAGUACCAGUGCUGGGUUUGAGGUUGCAGAAGCUCGUGCUAAGGCACUCAAAGGUUUUGUUGAGUUUGUUCGUGGCAAUUUUCAAGCAGCGGAAUUACUGUUUGGAGGAUUACAGGGAAAUGAUCACUGUGCUGGGUCUGCUGCUUUGUCAUAUGGAGAAUUCUUGCAUGCCACACGAAAUUUCUCAAUGGCUAAGGAAUUGUAUCAGAAGGUUACUGAAGGAGAGGCUGGGAACAAAGGUUUCAAUGACAUCAAUGCAUUAGCAGCUUGCAACAUGGCUUCAGAUCAAGUUCAGAUAGCAGCCACUUGUGCCCUGGGACAGCUUGAAGCACACAUUGGGAAAUUUGGCGAUGCGGAAGAAACAUUAACCAAGGCACUGAAUAAGGCUGAGUUACUAUAUGGUGCAUCACUUCAAACUCUCCCUUUCAGUGUUCUGCUGUGAAAAGAUUUCAUCCUUGAUAUCUUGUUAAUCUCAUUUCAUUAUCGGCUAUAUUCUCAUGUUCCUGUGGUUUAGGUCCUCGCCACCCUAGGGUUGGAGUGGUCUUGACUUGUUUGGCACUCAUGUUCCGACAGAAAGCGAUACAAGAACACUCAAGCUCUCUCUUGAUUCAGGAGGGGCUGUAUAGAAAGGCAAUCGAGUUGCUGAAAGUCCCAUCGGUGGAUUCUGAAGUUAAUCGAACAAUGGGAGCUUGGAGGGACGUUGCAGCACUUGCAAGAGCUGGCUACGGAGAAGCACUUUGUGUUCAAGAUAACAGAAAGAGUGAAGGAGAGAAGAUGAAAAGUUGGGCAGAAGCUCAUUGGAGAAACAGCCACUUAACUCUUGCUGAGGCGCUCAGAAUCACCGAAUCCUCGAACAGAGUUCCAGUGAUAGAUGCUCGAACUGGUAGAGCUCUGUAACUGUAAGCUCAUGCUCAAAGCAGAAGAAUAACAGCUGAAUGCUCUACUUGUUGUACAGAAAAUGAUGUAACCAUUAGAGACAUCUCUUUGAAGAAAUAAACUUUUCUGUACUAGUACAUUCUCCCAGAGAGUUACCACAUAGUAUGUCAAAUCCAAAGUACAAAGAUUGAAUACUUUUACAGAGGAAUAUCCAGGCCCUUCCCAAUCUCAACUCCAAUCACUUCAAGUAUGCCUCUGUGUAUUAUCAGUUCGACGAUGAAAGUCCCAAUUAGGCCAAUCAUGCAAGCCCUGGAGUUCCAGGUUUCAGCAGUCUUGGUAAAGCCUAGGAAUGGGGCUUGGAACUUGGGCUGAACUUUUGGCUGCACCACACCAGCAGGAAGCCUGGCGGCUUGGACUCUGAAAGAAAGCUGCUUCUGGGCGGGUUUGCUGGUCUGGGUGUUGAAAGGCAGCAGCAGGAGCUGGUGCGAGGAACGUUGAAAGGUGAGAGCUUUAGCAGGGAGAAGAGAUGGCGACGAAAUGGAAGACAGAGAAGCCAUUGUCGUUGAGAAAUGAAGGAGCUCUUUCCCGACCUUUGUUACAGUCGGAUGAAUUUCCGAGCGUUCUUCGCUUCUUAUCCACACGACGAUUCUGGUGGGCCUGCUCAUUCCAAUUUUAAGUGGCUGUGGUGUUAUUUUGGGGCCCGUACUUCUCUACGCUUCACGUUGUCCAAUUCUAUUUUAGGGAAGACGUG